UUAUAACAGAACGUCAGGCUGGCAUCAAUCUAGUCUGAGAGCGACUUGGGACGGAGGAACUACCGCUGUUGGACUCUUUUAGGGGGGAAAACGUUGCUUUUUGCUUGCUGCGAGCCAAACUUCUUCUUUUUCUUGUGGGAAUACAAGCUGCGCGCUCCAAAUCGACUGUAAAGAUGCUGCUCCUGCUACUGGGAAUCAUCCUCCUGCACCUGGCUGCUCUGGUUCUCCUGUUUGUGUCCACGAUUGUCAGCGUUUGGUCAACGAGUGAAACUAGCACCUCAGACCUGUGGAGAAACUGUUCUACUGCUGUCAAUGGAGAAUACCACUGCAACCCAGCAUCAACUGGAGAGUGGAUUCAGGCGGUCCAGGCCGUCAUGAUCCUAUCCAUCAUCUUCAGCUGCCUGUCCCUCUUACUCUUCUUCUGCCAGCUCUUCACUUUGCAGAAGGGCGGACGCUUCUUCCUCACUGGAACCUUCCAGAUCCUUGCCAGUUUGUUCGUGAUGAGCGGCGCCAUCAUCUACACGGUGACGAGUCAUUAUUGGGUGUUGGGUACGUACGCCUUCGGCUACUCCUACAUCCUGGCGUGGGUGGCCUUCCCCUUGGCGCUGAUCAGCGGACUCAUCUACGUCAUCUUGAGGAAGCGAGAAUGAGCCACCACUCCAUCCCAGUGUUCCCAGUAACCCUCUGCCCCACUGCAAGUGUUAUCAGCCCCCCUCUGAAGCAGUGACGCCCGAGUCCCAGUAACCGACGGAGGCCCAAACAUCACAGCGAGGGGGAGUAAUACCAAAAAAUCAACAUGCAAACCAACAUAAAAACACACCAAUACUGUCUCAGUUAAAAGAUGUAUAUAGUAUCUAUGGUUUAAAACCUAUUUAUAACACUUUUUACAUAUAUGUACAUAGUUUUUGUGUUGCUCUGCCGAUGGAUACUAUGAGCUUUGUUUCAGCUGAUUAAGUGCCUCAGUCUUUGUUUGUAAUGAUGAAAUAAUUAUAUACUAUUUUGUUGUGUUUUUUGGCCUUUUGUUUUGCCAAAGAAUUAGUAAAAAAAAAAAGCAAAAAAAAGUUUCUUGAAGUAUAUUAACCAAAGUGCAUGUAUAGACAUAGAAGGGUUCAGUCAUUUUUUGGAUGGGCUUGCUUUACAAAAAGAGUGGUAACAUCCAUGGAUGUAGCGUAGCCAUAAAAAUAGAGAUUUGGUCCUUUUUUUCUAUUUGUGAAUUUGCAAGUUUAAGUGUUUUUGUUUCGGUAUUUUUCUAUUUCUUAUUUUCAACAAAAAGAUGGUGCUAUGUAUUUAUCAUUCCUAUUACUGAUAGCGAUCAUUUACGACACUUUUUGUUCUUGUUUAGAGUCAAACCGCUUGCCAUUAAUUCAAAAAAAGCCAGAAUCAGACAGAGGUGCAGUUGAGCUUACGGUGCCUCGCUGCUUCUUUAGGGAACACGGCCUAUUUCAUUUUGCAGUGUCUGAUUUAUUAGUUUUGUUUCUCUCUUCAUCAGCUACUGUAAAGGUUGAGGUGGUGCAUGGAUGAAAUCACAAGUCAUUUGGAAUGUCAGUAUUAUUCUGCCAGUUUGGAAAGAGAAAUACCUUUAAAUAAGCUUUAUUUUUCACUCUGUUUGCCUUCAUUUCCCAUCAUUCUGAAAGUCUCAAGAAGCCAAAUUGCCUUUUUUUAAAAGUCAAAUAUCAUCCAGAAAAUAACACUGAGGGGCAUUAUAGCCAAAGUAUACGUCUAACAAUCUGCAAACCACCGAGCUGAAGCCAUAUCAGAAAAUACCAGAUGAUAGGAAGAAGAUAUUUAGUAUUAACUCUACAAGUGAAGAAGGACAGAGAGGUUUGCAGUGAUGAUACAAAUGUCUGUUUCACAUACUUGAAGUUUGACAUGCUGCAGUCUCUGCCCACUGACGUCUACAUGUUGUUGUUGUUUUCUCUUCUACUGUAUAAAACACUGUUUAUAUGUUGUGCAUAACAGAUGUUUGUGACAAUCUAGCCUUAAAAAAAUACACUCACUGACUAAAUAAAACUACUCUCACUAAUACUGUGUAAGGGACUGGAUUCACGCUAACACUCGAUGCAUGCAGGAGUCGUUUUCCAGGAUGAUGUUGAUGCUGAAACGCACCUUUCUGAGCUGCAAAAAAAAAAGAAAAAGUGUGGAAAAAAAACCUGCCAGUAAAUGGGAAUCAAACAUUAAAACUCUGAACUGUUUGUGGUGAUUAAUCUGUCCUGACAGCAGCUGCAUGUUCACGGAUCGAAGAUGUCAGCAGCAUGCAAACGUGUAGAUUCCAGCCGGCCGAGUCUGCCUUUGCAGUCCGUGUUGGUACUCCGGUGGAAUCAGACGAGCUGCCUUGUGCAUGCGGUUGCAAAUGCUGUAUGUGACCCGAGUCACCCACACUCGGCGUGCAAUGCCAGUUAUUUCAAACACGCAGCUCGUGUUGCAGUGUCAACAGUGUCGUGACAUCAGAAAUAAGAGGACUUUUAACGCUGUAUGAAAGCGUACAUCCUCUGCUUGACAUCUCCCCUGAGAUCCUCUCACCCUUUAAUUCAGAGCUUCGACUAGCUAGUCUGCUGUGUUUUUUCUUUAUUUCUCUUCGCUCAUCUUUGGGUUCAGUUAGAAGACUCGGCCUCUAAUGACGACUGCCCUGUAAAGCUACAGCCUGUCUACCAUGUUUACAGCCAAACUUCCAAAUGCUCUUGAUAUUACCAAAGCUACUUUGAAUUUUAACCAUUAAAGGAUGUUUCUUACCACCACAA